UUGAUCCGUGAGCUGCAGCGGGCCCCCGACGGGCAGCUCCCCGCUUACAACCAGAAACUGAUGAGUGAGCAAGACUAAAUUAUCCAGAAGGAGGGGGUGGACCUUUGUGUCUGCUUGAGUCUUCUCCCUCCCCUAAAGCAUGGGUGGAGAGAAAUAGGUGGAUCCUGGAAAAGUUGUGGAGGAAAAACUAGCAGAAUUUCAGGAGGAUGGAAUCAGGCAAGUUCUAGAAGAGAUGAAGGCUUUAUAUGAGCAAAAUCAGUCUGAUGUAAAUGAAGCUAAAUCAGAUGGAAGAAGUGACCUGAUUCCAACCAUCAAAUUUCGGCACUGUUCCCUGUUGAGAAAUCGGCGCUGUGUUAUUGCGUACCUGUAUGACCGGUUACUUCGGAUCCGAGCGCUCAGAUGGGAAUAUGGCAGUAUACUGCCAAAUGCUCUGCGGUUUCAUAUGUCAGCUGAUGAAAUGCAGUGGUUCAAUCAAUAUAAAAAGUCUCUUGCUACCUACAUGAGAUCACUGGGUGGAGAUGAAGGACUGGACAUAACACAGGAUAUAAAGCCUCCUAAAAGCCUGUACAUUGAAGUGCGGUGUUUAAAAGACUAUGGAGAAUUUGAAAUUGAUGAUGGUACCUCAAUCUUAUUGAAAAAGAACAGCCAGCAUUUUUUACCUAGAUGGAAGUGUGAACAAUUAAUCAGACAAGGCAUUCUUGAGCAUAUUCUGUCGUAGUUAUGACCGGGAACAUUCCUUCAUCCUGCAGUACUACAUUCAGUCCUCUGCUCUUCUCCCCUAUUUCAUUGCCAGACUUCUACGAAUUAGCAAAGCAGCUUGCUUUUGCUUUGCCUUUUGGUGCAUUUGUAGGGCUGAGUUUUUACAUUGAAACUGAGUUUUUACAUUGAAAAUUUGUAAGGGCUCGUGCUCUUGGUUAAUUCUCAAGCAUGAUGUAGUUCUUAAAUAUAUCACUUGUUCUUUUGUAAACCUAUAUUCAUGAUUUUUGUAGGGUAGCAUCCCAGAUUAUAUUCUGACUAUAAUAAAUUAUUUUGCUUUUAUAUCCAUGUUAUUUUGCUAUAGCUGAAGGGAAUUUGUUUUACAGGAAGGGAUGGCCGAUCUUCCAUUUUCUCCUGCAAACGAAAGAACUGUGGAUGCCAAAUGAACAUUUCAGGACAGGGGAUAAAUUUGCGUCCUUUUAAAAUACCAAUUCUAUAAGUCAGUGCAAUUAGUAACUUAUAAAUCUUUGACUAUGUCCAGUGAGAGAAUAAAAUAGCUUAAUAUUUACGUGUACAGAGAGUAUACGUAAUUUAGGGAUGCUAUUCUUGAGUUGCAAGGCUGUAGUUCCUGUAAUCAGUUCUUCAAGUUCUCUUACAACUGAGUUUUUACAUUGAAAAUUUCUUUUCAAUAGCUAUGUAUGACACAGUGUGAUUUUUAAAAAUUCUGCUGAUUGAACUGUUAAACAGUAGUUCCCCAGUGCGAUAAAUUAACAAGAGUCUCUAGACUGUAAGCUCCUUGUGGGCAGGGAACAUGUCUACCAAUUCUGUUGUACUCCUCCAAGCACUUACUACAGUGCUCUGCAUAAAGUAAGCACUCAAUAAAUACCACUGAUGGACUUUAAAAAGUCAGAUAUUUUAUUUUCAUAUUCUCAGAAAUAUGAUGGACUUGUAAUUCCUUUUUCUUUUCAGACUGUAUGUGAACCAACUCUCAUAGUUUUCAUUUGAUAUUUUUUACCUAUUACUUCUUACCCAAAAUAGAUGGCUUACAAAUAUUACUUUUCCCCUCAAGGAGAAUAGUUUUAAAAGAAUGUGAUACGUGUAACAUAUGGCCUCAUAUCCUUUUAAUUAAAAAAAUAAUGAUUUUUAAA